UAUCUGGUUGUUUCACGUGUGUUGGAGAUUUUCAAGGUUGUAAAUGUUUAUGCAAUUUAUAGAGAAUUUCUUAAACCAUGUUUAGACUUUUACAAGUGCCUGUACUUAGGUUUUCUGCUUCUAGACGUUUAAAAUGUGUUUUGAAGACGCGAGGUCAACAAUAUAGAGGUGUAGAAUGGAGAGGUGUAUGUCAGUCCUCACUUUACUGUGACCUGGUGUCCAGAAACAAGAAGGAAACUUGUUGGAUUUCUAAGAACUGGACAUGUAUGAACGAGCCUUUAAGAUUUCACAGCACUGAGGAGAAAUCUGAAAGCAGGCGUAAAGCAACAGCAGAGAGCUACUCAUCUGUUGAUCCUGACAAGGAGGAAGAUUUUGUCUUUUUGGAAUACUGUGACACCAUGGACAAUGAUAAAGAUUCUUUUCUUGAACAGCUUCAAAUCACAGACUCUAUGAAAGCGAAAGAGGCGAAAGCACCGAGAAAGACUGUAACAGAACUCCAGCAAAAAGCCCUGGAGCUGCAGCUGCGAUCUUUAAAAGAUGUUGGAGAUCAGAACCUGGACCUGGAGGAUUGCAUCGAAUUCCACGAUGCUGGGUUUCCACUUAAACAAUCAAAGAAAAAGAAGACGAAGCAGGAGCAGAAGAUCUACGGAAGUCCAGAUGCUGAGAUGCCAAUCAGUGACCUCUCCUGCUCAGGAUGCGGUGCUUUAAUGCACUGCAUGGCUCCUGAACUUCCUGGUUACCUUCCUAGUGAGAAAUAUAAGCAGUUACAAGAAGAAGACAAACUCAAGAAGGCGAUAUGUCAGCGCUGUUUUCUGCUCACACACCACCAGAAGGCUUUAAACGUCACUAUGUCGAAGGAAGAGUACAGGAAAAUCGUGAGUAGAAUCAAACCUGAGAAAGCUUUAGUGCUGCUCAUUGUGGAUCUCCUCGAUCUUCCAGACUCUAUUGUUCCUGACCUGCCGCAGCUCGUCGGCAAAAACAAGCACAUCAUUGUUUUAGGGAAUAAAGUGGACCUGCUGCCUGGAGAUUCCGAUAAUUACCUGCAGAGGAUCAGGAGGCAGCUGGCACAGCAUUGUGCUGAUGCUGGAAUUCCCACAACAGAUUCAAAGAAUGUUCAUCUGAUCAGUGCCAAAACGGGAUACGGGAUUGAGAACCUGAUUACUAAACUACAGGCGUCCUGGAAGUAUAAAGGAGACGUGUAUUUGGUUGGUACUGCCAAUGCUGGCAAGUCCACUUUGUUUAACACUCUCCUGGAGUCUGACUACUGCAAAUCCAGAGCAUCUGAUGUGAUCCAUAAAGCCACAAUAUCACCGUGGCCUGGUACAACGCUGAACCUCUUAAAGUUCCCCAUCAUCAACCCGACGCCAUAUCGGCUGUUCAGACGUGCAGAGCGACUGCGAAUGGCAGCACAGCAGACUGAGGACGAUCUCGAUCCGGAAGAGCUCAGGAGAAUCCAGCAAUUCCGUAAACAGGGCUACUUGAUCGGUCGUGUUGGGAGAACGUUCCGGGUGCAGUCUACUAAAAAAGACCUUGUGGAGUUCGACCCAGACAGCCUCAGCUUUGGAGAGGACCUGAAUGAAGACAAGGUGGGCAGACCAAGCUCAGAGGAUGAACCCGAGGCUGAACUUACAUACAACGAAAUUAAAGAUGCUCACUGGUUCUACGACACACCGGGCAUCAUGAAAGAACAUGACAUUCUUAGGGUGCUGAACGAACAGGAAGUGAAGCUUGUGGUGCCAACGCACGCCAUCACACCUAGGACAUUUAUCCUCAAGCCGGGGACAGCGUUGUUCCUCGGAGCUCUGGCACGGAUCGAUUAUCUAGAAGGAAAUCAGCCAUGCUGGUUUACCGUCGUGGCUUCGUCUCAAAUCCCCGUCCACAUCACUAGUCUGGACAAAGCCGACCUCACUUACCAGAAACAUGCCGGGAAAACACUACUCGCUGUGCCAACAGGCGGAGAGGAACGAAUGAAGCUGUUUCCGGCGUUCGUGUCUCAAGACUUCGAGCUCAAGGGCCGAGGACUGGACACGGCAGUGACAGACAUCAAACUAUCUUCAGCAGGAUGGAUCGCUGUGACAGCGGCAGAGUCGGAGCGGAUCCUGGUGAGAGGCCACGCCCCUGAGGAUGCCGGGCUUUGUUUACGAGACCCACCUCUGCUUCCUCACAUCGUCAACGUGAAGGGGGCUCGAAUUCCCAAAUCUCCUGUGUACAGGACGAAAAAACCCCAAGCGCUGCUGGAUGCGAAACGUUUUGAGCGAAAACAGAAGAUUAACUUAAAAUGACACUUAAUAAUAACAAAUAAUUUAAAUGUAGAGCUUCUCAAAAAAAGUAACUAAACCACACUGGGUCGGGAUGCGAUGAUUGAUAUAUUCAGGGAUCAGACACUUACAGGCUGAUACAACUGAGUGCAAACGUUGGUGCCCCAUAUAUAGUUGUAAUAUGGAAAAACUGAAAGUAUUGCGCUAUAUUAGUGCUUAAAUUAAGGGGAUGAACAGUUUGAAGUGUGAGUGAAAUGUGGAUUUGACAAACUGUGUACUACAGCAGUAUGUUGUUUCGGACCCAGGCUGAUUUUUAUUUUUUUUUGCUCAUGCCAUGAAAUUAGCAUGGAGCUCAGUUGCCAGAACGUUAAACCACCUGAUUUUGUUUAUCUUAAAAUCUGUAGAAGUGUGGAAGAGUAAAUUCUAUGAUGUAAAUAUAA